UCGUACAGAGCAGAGUGUGAUUUUUGACAGAUAUUUCGACAAUUAUUUUAAAAACAACAAAAUGGGAAUUUCAAAGUGCGGUAGAGUGUUUUUGGUGACUGUGAACAUAUUUUUCGUGAUCCUAGGUAUCAUCUUCUUCGGGGGCGGAAUGUUCCUGCGGUUCGGCAAGAAGUACACGGAACAGUACACUCAGUCGGCCGAGAAUUCUCUGGAGAAGCUCAUCACGGACCUGACCGGUGACAACAGCGGCAUCGACCUUGACAUGGACAAACUUCUGUUGAGCGUCUCCAUGAUCCUGAUCUUCAUUGGGCUCUUCCUUCUCAUCAUCGCCCUUCUCGGCUGCAUCGGUGCCUGCUGCAAGAUCAAGUGUAUCGUUACGAUCUACCUGUUGAUCUGCCUUGUGAUUCUGAUAGUCGAGGUCGUGUGUGUGAUCCUUCUGUACGGAACUAAAACUCUCCAAGGCACGAUAAAGAGCACACUGAAGUCCGAAAUCACAAGGAGCUAUGCGGGUCUCAGCGGAAGUGACAUCACGUCCCUCGCCAUGAAUAUUAUUAACAUUCAGGGAAAGUGCUGCGGCAUCGACAACUACAAAGACUUUCAUACUGCAACUAAAUGGAACAAACAGGAGAAAAUAACUAGCGGUCAGCUUAGCGUGGAAACGCCUUUCACUUGCUGUAUAACUCUUCCGUCGUCGUCUAGCGAAACUGGCUGUGCUACAUCACCGACAGACCUCAAUAACUACAUGAACGUUGGUUGCUUUGACAAGCUUUGGAAAGGGUCCCUUGGAAAGUUGGUGUAUGCGUUAGGUGUGCUGGGCGGAAUAGGGGCUUUACAGCUGCUGCUUAUCAUCUCGGCGCUCUGUGUGUUGUGCGGCAAAGACAAGAACAAGGUGGGAAACUAUGACGGCGGAGGCGGAGACCACCGGAAGAACCAAGUGGUUCCUUCCAUCCCCGGAAUGAAAAAAGGAGCCCGUAGAUACUGAGGAAAACGUGGCCGCGUUGUUAUCGAACAAGCAUAUAUAGCAACGUUUUAUUUUUGUUAUGUUUGUGGACAGUAAUAUUAUUUUAUUUUUUGCUGUUUUUUAUUUUAAUUAUACGACAAGGAAAUCGGUGUCUUAGAGUCUUUGACAAUAUUUUCACAGACAUGAAAUUGAAAACUCUGUUUUAAUGAUAAAAGCUUGAUUAAAAAAAUUUAUUUUAUUCAACACAAUGUCUGUGAAACGGUAUUAACCAUUUAACAGUUUCCAAUUUAAAGCCAGUUUUCUGUAUGCAGCAUUGUUCUUUAUUUGAACCAUGGAUAAAAGAAAUGAGUGCUGAUGAAAGAACAUUAAUUUCGAAUGUGAUAUGCUCAAUACAGGCGUUUGUAUUGAGAUUUAUCCAAGACAAACAAACAGCAAAAUUGCUGAGCUUAAUGGGAAUUGCUAGGAAUCAAUUAUUGUUUAAGAACUGCAUGUUCAUACAUUAAAUACAAUGAUAAAAUCCGCAGUAGUAUGACUUUAUGAGUUGUUCCCAAAAGUGUGUGGUAGACCAAUUGUGUUAAAAUGUUCACGAGUUUGGUAGGAUGUUGCAUACAUGUAAUUCAUUUAAAU